AUGGCACUUUUAGAUUACUUUUAUUCAUGGUGGUAUGGAACUCCAGCACAAGAAACAACGACUACAACAGCAUCCAACCCUCCAACACUUAAAAAAGAGUCAUCAUUUUAUCCAUUACGUAAAGUUUCAAAAGGAGACCCACUUGCAAUUGAAAAAGAGAAACAAUUAAUUAGUAAUCCUGAUCAAUUAAAAGAGAGUCCAUUAUUACUUAGUUUUAGAGAAGAUGUUGCAAUGAAUGAAGUCCAUAUGACUGGUAUUGUUUUAUUCUAUUUAGCAGAGUUACCUUUAUUAACAAUCUUUUUCGCUCCUUCUGGUACAACUAUUCAAAGAAUUACUGAUGAUAAAUUAAAAUUUGGUGAUGAAAUUUAUGAUAUUGAUUCAACAUUAGGCAAUAGAAAACCAUCAUAUGAAGAUUUAAAUGAUGCAACAAACACAUUGGUAGAAAAUAAUAAAUUGGAAAUUGAUAAAAAGGUAGAACAAGGACAACAACAGGAAAACCCAAAAUCUGAACCAUCUUCUUCAAAUACUACUGAUACAACUCAUACUCCAAUCACUACCACUACCACCACAACAACAACAACUCCAACAACAACAACAACUCCAACUGUAACAUCAACAUUAGCAGAAAAAGAAAGAAUUGAAAAAUUAGAAAAAGAAAGAGAAGAAGCAAAACAACGUAGAGAAAAAGAUGAAAAAGAACGUAAAGAACAAAGACAAAAAGAAAGAUUAGAGAAAGAAAGAAAAUUAAAACAAAAGAUUGAAGAAGAGAAAGAGAGAUUAAAUCAACAAAAAGAAGAGGCAGAACGUGAAGAGCGUGAACAAGAACAAAGAAAGAGAAAAGAAGAACAAGAUCGUGUUAACAAUGAAAAGAAACAAAGACAAGAACGUGAAGAUGCUGAACACAGAGAAAAACUUAGACUUAGAAAUGAACAAUUGGAAAAGGAAAGACAAGAAAUUCGUGAUAAAGAAGAACAAGAGAAACAAGAGAAAGAUCGUUUAGAAAAAGAACGUCGUGAAAAAUUAAAACAAAGAAAUGAACAAUUGGAUAAGGAAAGACAAGAGAAAUUCAAAAAGGAUCAAGAAGAAAAACAAAAACAAGAACAAGAACAAUUGGAAAAAGAAAAACAAAGAAAAUUAGAAUUACAAGAAAAGAAAAGAUUAGCUGAUGAACAAGCCGCUGUUGCAAAGAAACUUGAAAAUGAUAGAUUGGCUGCUGAAGAAUCUGAAAACAAAAGAUUGACAGAAGAAGCUAGAUUGGCUGAAGAAAAGAGAUUGGUUGAACUCGAAAAGAAGAGAUCAGAAGAAGAAGAAGCAAAGAGAUUAGCAGAGGAAGCUAGAUUGGCAGAAGAGAAGAGAUUAGCUGAAGAAUCAAGAUUAGCAGAAGAGAAAAAAUUGACAGAGGAAGUAGAGGCAAACAGAGUUGCUCAAGAAGCUGCAAAGAAAGUAGAGGAAGAUAGAUUAGCUGAACUCGAAAAGAAAAGAUUAGCUGAAGAAGAACAAACAAAGAAAUUAGCAGAAGAAGCCGCUGCCAAAAAAGCAGAAGAUGACAGAUUAGCAGCUGAAGCAGCAAAGAAAGCUGAAGAGGAGAGAUUAGCAGUUGAAGCAGCAAAGAAAGCAGAAGAAGAUAGAUUAGCAGCUGAGGCAGCCAAGAAAGAAGAAGAGGAGAGAUUAGCUGAAAUUGAGAAGAAGAGAUUAGCUGAUGAACAAGAGGCAAAGAGAAUUGCUGAAGAGGAAGCUAAAAGAGCCGAAGAAGCCAGAUUAGCAGAAGAAGCUGCCAAAAAAGCAGAGGAAGACAGAUUAACAGCCGAAGCAGCCAAGAAAGCUGAAGAACAAAGAUUAGCAGCUGAAGCAGCCAAAAAAGCAGAAGAAGAUAGAUUAGCAGCUGAAGCAGCCAAGAAAGCAGAAGAGGAGAGAUUAGCAGCUGAAGCAGCAAAGAAAGCAGAAGAAGAAAGAUUAGCAGCUGAAGCAGCCAAGAAAGCAGAAGAAGAAAGAUUAGCAGCUGAAGCAGCAAAGAAAGAAGAAGAAAGAUUGGCAGCUGAGGCAGUAAAAAAAGAAGAAGAGGAAAGAUUAGCAGCUGAAGUAGCAAAGAAAGCAGAAGAAGAAAGAUUAACAGCAGAAGCAGCAAAGAAAGAAGAAGAGGAAAGAUUAGCAGCAGAAGCAGCAAAGAAAGCAGAGGAAGAAAGAUUAGCAGCAGAAGCAGCAAAGAAAGAAGAAGAAAGAUUAGCAGCAGAAGCAGCAAAGAAAGCAGAGGAAGAGAGAUUAGCAGCUGAAAAAGAAGCUAAAAGAAUUGCAGAAGAAGUUGCAGCAGUUGCAGCAAAGAAAGCAGAAGAGGAAAGAUUAGCAGCCGAAGCAGAAAAUAAAAGAUUAGAGGAUGAACAAAAAGCAUUAAAAGAAAAAGAAGAAAAAGAAAAACAACAAUCAAAAACAGUAUCACCAUCAAUUGAUCAUUCUCAUCAUGAUAAGAGAAAGAGAGGUCAUGAUGGUGAUGAUGACCAAUCAGAGGGUGGCAAAGCUAGUUAUAAGAAAUUACAACAUAUGACAUUGGAAAGACCAAAAGUUAAGAUUACUAGAAAGAAAUCAACUCGUAAAUUAUCUGAACAUCCAGCAAUUAAAGAGGUAAUCAGUUAUUCAAAACAUGACGAUGAUGAAGAAGAAAGUGAAUCUUUAACCUCAACUACCACUACCACCACUUCCCCAUCAAAAUCAUCACCAAAUAAAUUUGGUGGAGUUUCAAUGAUGCCAAUGGGUUUUGAUCCAUCUGCUGUUAAAUUAAAGAAACCAGCUGCCAAUAGACCACCUCCAUCUGGUGGAGUUCCAAUUAUGCCAUCCUUUGAUCCAUCUGCUGUUAAAUUAAAGAAAGCUGGUGGUACAGUUGACACUGGUAAACAAUAA